AUGGUCUCGUCAGCUUUGGUCGUUACGUUGCUUGCGUGUAUCGCGAGCACCUGUGUCUUUUCUCUUGAUGUCGCUAUUAUAAAUAGUCUCAACGUUAUGCAAUCCUUCCAAAAUUGUACUGUCGAGAACCUUGCUCUGUUUGCCACAAUUUUGCUCUGUUCUAACCUGCAAUAUCGAACAGAUUUUGAGCUUACUCCCGAUCUGGCCGGCCUCAAUGUCACAAUUCUUUACGUUGGUUGUGUUUUUGCAGUUCCAUUUGCUGGCUUUGUGUUGGACAAGCUUGGCCGUCGGAGAGGUCUGAUGGUCGGUUCAGCAAUCGCUCUCCUUGGAGCCAUUCUCCAAGCCUCAGCGCAAGAGAAAGUGCAGCUUCUUCUUGGAAGAUUCUUAUUGGGUAUUUCGUUCAUCAUUACGGGCACUGGCGCACCGUCAUGGCUGAUGGAGGUUGGACCACCCAAGUAUCGAGAAGAAACAACAAACGCCAUGGUUGCUUUUUUGCCUAUCACAGGCAUGGUGGGUGGUAUCAUCUACCUGGGAGUCUACAACAAAACUUCAAAUUGGGCAUGGAGGGCGGGCCUAAUGGCCGACAUUGUAGGUCCUGCUAUUGCCUUGUUAAUACUGCCUUUUGCACCAGAAAGCAUUCGUUGGCUAGUAGCCAAGGAUCAGGCAGAUGAGGCCUUCGAUAUUCUCAUCAAGAUAAGUCAGAGGAACAGAAAUGAUCCCGAGAUUCUGGCAGAGUUUCAGCAGAUCAAGCAGACGGUCGAACUUGAGGUUCAGAUGAGGCAAAGAGAUUCCUGGAAAUCCCUUGUAUCUCCUGUGAUUGGAACAAUGGUGAUAGCUGCAUCGUUCGCUACCCUUGCCAUUCUACAACAACGUAUUGAGACUACAAAAGAUUCCGCAGUCGCAAAAGGGGCCGUAGCCGUUUGCUUCAUCUUCUACUGGGCGGCUUUUUCGUCUUGGAUGCUAUUAAACUACUCGUACCCUCCGGAGAUUCUCAAGUACACCCAAAGAGCUCGUGGCGUUGGCGUCGGUCAGGCCCUUGGCUACCUCAUCGGAGCGGGCAUGAGCUAUGCGAUUCCGCUCGCUAUCCAAAACAUCUCAUGGAGAUACUACAUCAUAAACUGUCUCUGGAAUGUGCCCAUUUUCGUCGUCAUAUGGUGGUUGUUCCCUGAAACGAAGGGCAAAACUCUGGAAGAAAUCGACUCCAUCUUCAACGGCUCAACCGCCGAACCCUCGAAACAAGUCAUUGAGGGCGUGGAAGAUCAUCCCAUGGGAGAUGUUUAUCGAGGGGUGGGAUCGAAAGCUCCGAAGGAUCCUCAGGGAUGA